AUAUACAAGAAAUCUUGCCAGAAUAGAAUGAGUGAUUUUCAUGGUCAGCGCAAUAUUCUGUUUUGCGAGUAAAUUGAAAUAUGUAAUGGAAAACACACAACACAGUCAUUGGCUUAGCACGAGUGUGAACAAAUUAUCUCAAGCAUCAGCUGGAAAAAAAGCUCUCGCAGUUAAUGUUCACUAUCAGGCACUGGAAUUCUGCAAAAGUGUGACAUUGAAUUGAUCUACACACAUUCGUUAGAGACCCAAUGAAUCACCAGUCAGUAUUCAAUCGCGCUUGAGUGAACUUGUACACCGUGUGACUUUCUGAAGCUUUUCGCGAUGGCUGAGACCGAUCAAACCGUUGUGCCCGACGCUGCCGCGGCCCAAGUUAAUGGCGAUGCCAAAGAGAUGAAGGUGGAUUUCUUUAAGGUGGCCACUGAUCCACCAGAGUGGCUGAACAGGGAGUAUUUGGAGAAAGCCUUCCGGGAGUAUGAGAAUGACAAGACUCUCCACAUCUUCGAGUGCGAGAUUGUCCCUGCCACCAAGCCAGGUGAUAAUUUUGCAAGUAUCGUAUUCAGGGCCCACCUGAAGUACACCACCAAGAAGAAGACUGUUUCCGUGUCGGUAAUUAUCAAGGUGCGACCCUUCAUGGAUGGCAUCUGGAAGGAUCUCCUUAUCGACAUGCCACUGUUCAAAGUCGAAGCUGACAUGUACAUGAAAAUCUUACCCGAAAUGCAAAGACUCCUGGCUCAGAUGGGCGAUCCUGAAAUCAUAGCGCCCAACAUGAUUUACUACAGCAACAAUCCUGAGAUUAUCAUCAUUGAGGACAUCGCGCCGAAAGGCUUUGUCAUGCGUCACAAGCCAAUGAACUUUGAGAACACGAAGAAAGUCAUCGAGAAGCUGGCCAAAUUCCAUGCCCUGUCUUACUACAUGUAUCACGACGAGAAAAAAGAAGUGGAUGAGUUCAAAUAUGGACUCCUUGGCACUCACAGCAUGGCGUCGAUGCAGUUCUUUGUGGAGGGCUUCAUGAGAGCGACAAGGUGCAUUAAGGAGUGGCCAGGAUAUGAGGAAAUCGCAGAGAAGAUGGAGCAACUUGCGCCGAAACUCUUGCAAACAGCACGAAAGGCUUACCGUCCAAAUAAGCCCAAUGAAGGCUUCAAUGUUCUGAACCAUGGAGACUUUCACAUUAAGAACCUACUCUUCCUCAAUGAUGAAGAUGAUGCGAUACAGGAAGUUUCAUUUAUUGAUUUCCAAAUUUCCAUUUGGUCUUCUCCGGCUGUUGAUCUUAACUACGUUAUGUACUGCAAUGCCUCAAGUGAAACCAGGGAUAAUCAUCGAGAGGAACUCAUCAGAAUCUAUCACGUGAAGUUCUGCUCUAUUCUCGAGGCGCUAGGCUGUCUCAAGAGACCACCUAGUCUGCUGGAGUUGAACAUUGAGAUGCUAAAGAAUGGCGUAGUUGAGCUUCUCCUCGCCAUUCAAUUCAUGGCUAUGUUUUACGUGAAUUUCGAGGAAUUGAAGGGAGUCGACAUGUCCGACAUGGAUGCAUUGUCUCGAAUGCUGUACAACAACGAGAGCGGCAUGAGACCAGUCCUUGAGAAACUGCUGAUUAAAUUCCUGCACAAAGGAUAUCUCGAAGUCUAACCCCGAACAGUAUAUAAAAAAUGUAGUGCAAAAACUCCCUGUUCAAUAAAACACAUUCUGUAGCCGAAGAAAAA